AGGGGCAGUGGAGAGAGAGAGAGAGGAGAGACGGAGGAGGAGUGGGGGAGGAGACGUGGCUGGCAAUUGGAAAAGGGGGGAGCUCUCCAGAAAAAAAAUCCACCCAGCUACAGCCCUCGCAUAGAAAAUGGCCGGGUAAACGUGCCUCCAUCACAGCAGACGCAGCCCUUCUGCUGGGAGGGUGGGGCGAGGACUGGAUACCAACCGGAGAGAUCACAUCACUCCGCCGAGGACCCAACAACCCCACGACGGAUUGGCGGGUGAGCGGGACGACUUGCUGACAUCAUGCCGAAAGACGCGCCCGAUGUUCAACGGAGCAACUCCAUCAUCCCGUGCUUUAUCUUCGUGGAGCUCGUCAUCAUGGCCGGGGUGGUGAUGCUGGCGUACUACUUUGAGUUCACGGACACCUUCCCCGUGCACGUGCAAGGCUUCUUCUGCUUCGCGCCCGAGCUCAGCAAGCCCUACCCGGGCCCCGAGGAGCACAGCAAGAUCCCGCCCGCACUCAUCUACUCGCUGACUGCCGGCCUGCCUGUGCUGCUGAUCUUGGUGGGCGAGGUGACAAACCACUUUGUGGAUUACGUGAACAAAGACCACAGCACGCGGGAGAGGACCAUCCUGACGGGGGACUGCUGCUACAUCAGCCCGCUGCUGCGCCGUCUCGUGAGAUUCACCGGCGUGUUCGCGUUCGGCUACUUCGCCACGGACAUCUUCGUCAACGUGGGCCAGGUGGUGACGGGGAGCCCCGUGCCGCACUUCCUCAGCGUCUGCCGGCCCAACUACACCGCGCUGGGCUGCGGCGCCGGCGCAGUUGCCGGCGGCGCCGGUGGCGCCGGCGGCGGCGCGGUCGCCGUGGCGGUGGCGGUGGCGGUUGGCGGCGGUAACGGCGUGGUCGGAGUCGCGACGGCACGCUUCGUGGCGGGCGCCGAGGACGGGGCGUGCACGGGCGACGGGCCGCUGGUGCAGCGAGCGCGACGAUCGUUCCCGUCCAAGGACGCGGCGCUGGCCAUGUACGCCGCCCUCUACGUGACGAUGUACGUGACGAGCACGGUGCGGGCGAGGAGCACACGGCUCGCCAAGCCCGUGCUGUGCCUGGCCGUGCUGUGCCUGGCCUGCGUCGCCGGGGUCAACCGCGUCACCGAGUUCCGCAACCACUGGGGAGACGUCCUGGCCGGGUUCACCGUGGGGCUUGGGAUCGCCUUCUUCCUGGGCUUUUGCGUCGUUCACAACUUCCGCCGGCAGUCCGUGUUGGCGGCAAAGCCCCGGCACGAGGCGGCCUACGGCAUGUCGCUGCUGGUCCUGCCACGUGUCGAGAGCCCCCUUGACACCCGCAACACCGCCCAGAACCACGCCACUUCUAUCACAGAGGUGACGUAGGCAUGGGAAGCUACAGGACGCCUGUACGCGUGGCCUGCACAGGGCAUCAGCACCGAGGACAGCUCCCUGCUGACACACGUGCCCACACAGACACACGUACACAGCAAUCUGCUCCACGGUUUCACACAGGCGGACACGAAACACAAACAUACACGCGCAUCCGUACACACCACACGUGCAAACCUGGUUUGUAAAGAAUACGAUUGCGUCAAAGAUUUGUAUUUAACAGCAGUGGAAGUAUUUGUUUUCGUUAUUCCCCGGGCUCUGUUUCUUUGUAUGAGUUGGUCACACACGUCUUAGCUUUUUGGUUCAAUUUGUUGUGGGGUUUUUUUUUUGUGAUCCACAAAAGCCAAAAUGUGUCUCACGAUGCUUUGAAAGAGGAUACGUGCGUUGGGAUGUUUCCUCAGUUCCUUUCGUCAAUGGGUGUUGUGUGUGUGGGCAGAAAGGUCUUGUCGUGCGAGGAAGUUUAUGCCACUCGAAGGUCCGUACAGAUGGGUUCUUUAAGAACCCAUCCCGCCAUUCCCUGGGGACAUUUGACAUCCUGUCGGGUCGGGGAGUUUAAAAGUCUGCGUGGUCCACACCAACCCUUGCCUCCGAGGUAAUGUUUCCACGAUGUGGCUCUACUAGGAUAUAUCGUACGAUCUAGGAAUCGUGAUAACCAUAGCGUCUGUUGUGCAAAAUAUCAUCACAUAGUGGUUACCGUUGGCUAUUUUAUUUUUUAACUUUAUAUAUUUCAUUUCCUCACGAAAUAUUUGUGAAAUAACAAACAAUAAUUAAUGUUCCAAAUAAAUACAUAUUAACCAUUGAAUGAGUGUUUUCGAAACAUCGUCUUGGAGUAUUUUACUCCAUAGCGGUUAUAGGAUGUGACAUUUUUUUAAAGUCUGUCUCAUUAACCAAUUCCUUCCUGUAUAACUGACAGCGUGUGUGUGUGUGUUAUACGCGUUAUAGAGUGUAACGCUGAGAAAGACGUAUCGCCGGUUGGAGUUGAGUGAACCUGCGAUUGAAGGACUUUUCAAGUUAAUCUUUAAUCAUACCGGAAUGACACAGCAAAAGCACAAAAAAACCCAAUAACAAUAAUAAAUACAGUUACAAAGUUAUGGGAAACUGAUAUCGCGGGAAUCAUCAUAUCGUCAACAUUUAUGUAUUUCUGUAUCUUACCGUACACAAAUGUAGUGCAGCAGUCCGACUACAAAAUUAUGGAAUCCUGCCACGAGGUACGAAUAUUGAGGUGUGUUUUAUUUUAACCACGUUUAAGUGUCAUCUUCUCACGGAUAAAACACUUAACUGUGCCGUGAAAAUGCCAAAUUUUACGGGUCAAUUUCUGUCGGAGAGUAUAAUGAAACCCUUUUUUUAAAAAAUGGAUUUAGUUCAAUGCUAUUCAUUUAAAGCCUCACGAACGCAACGGCCAUCCUUACAACCAGGUUUGCCUCUGAGUUUGUGCCAUUCACACAUUUCCAACGACAUUUGUACUUGAUCUUGAAUUAUCGUCAGCAAUGGGAGUGCUGGCGCCAAGCGAUUAACCUCAACCUUGUGAUAUUUGCGCAACCGAUGAGGACAUCAUUGAAGCGGCAUAUUUUAUUUUCUGUCGGGGGGGGGGGGUAAAAUCUAAAUUUAACGGUGAACCACUGCCACCAUCGAGGUUUCAAACUUGAUGUGCAGGUGUCCCCGUGCUUUGUGCGGUCGCAGUAGAUGCAUUUAAAAAAAAAUAAGGCAUAGGCGUGUAGGAGUGAAUUCAAACAGCAUUUCAGCAAAUUUCGAGUAUAAAUAGGUUAGCUACAUGAAAUCACGAUAAUCUAACCUGCUUAAAGUGAGGGAAACAUGCAUUACGCACGAAGUUUGCGUACUUAUUUAAUAAUUCAUUAAAUUACUCCUUGCUUUUAAACACUGACCGUUGACACGCUUAUGCAAAUUGGCUCGGGCCAGUAAUUCAAGAUAAAAUGCCAAUUCUCCACCAUGCGAAAUAAAACACAGCAUUCCUGUACAUGACAUUAUUAUCCUGUGUUUUCAGUCAAUUGUCUACAAAAACGGAUUAUUCCAAACACCCCCCCCCCCCCCCCCCCACUGUACAUACGAUGUAGCUGUUUUUUGUACUUUGUCUGGGUCUGUUUUGUAUCUUUUUUGUUAAAUACGGAAAUUCAUCUAUAGCAUUAGCACAACUUUAACUUUCAAACAAUUUAGCCAUUUUAAUGCACAAUUAGAAACACAGUUCUUGGGAAAAUGUCGUGAUUUUACAUGGGUUAAAAUAAACUUAAAAGGUAUGUUGUAAUGUUUAGCAAAUGAAAAUUGUUAUCAUGAGAACAUUGAAUUUAAAUGCACAUUUUAGAAACGUUUUAUGUUUACACUUGGAAAACGGAUUCCUUAUUUCCACUCUCACCAACCCACCGCUGUGUUUUCCCAAGUUUGACUGAUGUAUCCCCAUCCAAACACAAAUUGAGUUGUUGCACACUGCGAUUGGUAAACAUGUUCCAUGUGACAGAGGGGCAAUUCACGUGUUUGUCAGAGCAUCCCGGUGAUACAGUAAGUGAGACGCACAGGUAGACACACUAACGGUAAAUCUCGAUCUUAAUUUAAACCAAUCACUGUCUUCGUCUCUUCUGCAUGCAUGCUCGGGAUGAGUUUAGUAUUCCUUUUUUUUACAUUAAAAUUUUAGGCCCAAUUUAAAUGUAUCCAAUUUAUAACUUAACUUUUUGUAUGCGUUAAAUGUGAGAAUUCGAAUGUUUUUAAACAUUCUUCAUGGGAGUGUUUGACACACACUGGUAGAACUAUACUUUGAUGCAAACACUUGUAUAGUCCCAUCAUUUAAUUUGAAACAUUACAUUGCGUGUCGUAGGAAUUUCCGUCGCGAUGUCAUGUGUUCUGAUGAAUACAAUUAAGAGACGCAUAAUCCCAAAUUGCAUAGACAGAAUGGAAUCCUGAGAGUUUUUGGAUUCAUAAAUCGGGAACAUAUCCCAAGUGCACCCAUUUUUUUGCACAAAGGGGUCUACGUUGUAAUUGGCUCUUCGUGUCAUAAUGGACAUGGUCACCCAAUCGUCGGGCACUGGCAAUGUUUAGAAAUUCCAUUUGCAUUGUUAGCUAUUCACCAACGGCAAGCCACGGGAAAGGAGAGUAGAGCCAAGGGAUGUUAAUGUAUUGGGGGGUAAAAAAAAGGCAAAGAGAGAAGCGAAUGAAUGAGCGACGAGGGAGUAAAAGGGACGGAAAGGGAAGAGUGAAACGGGGUCGCGAAUGCAUCAGGGGAAGAUGAGGAUUGGGAGCGGCGUCUGUUUCCACAGGGGACCAGCGACGGGAAGAGGGGGGGAAGGGUUCAGAGUCGGUGUGGCCACACAGGGGUCACGUGAUUUACAGGAGGCUUGAGCUGGUUUAGAGAUAUACAGAUGAGAUAAAUUGGUAAACUUUAAGAGAUGCACAUGUCGUGGGUGGUUGAGGGGAGAAGUUCAGAAAGGCCUUGCCUUUGGGACAUAAAUUAUGUCUAGCGCAGCAUAAAAUGCACGGUCUCUUAGGUCUGCAUUGCUGAAGUGUCGGUUCACAGUAUGUGUAGCCCUGCCAUCAGCAACCUUCUCAAAGACAUGUCAACGUGGUUGAUGAAGGAGAUGAGACAUUUUUUUGUAAGAGGAUGUGUAACUUUUGAAACUGCUUCAGUGAUUUUGUCUCCGAUGCGCAACCGUAAUGAACCGGUGUGCAUCAUAGAGCUCUACACGAUGCUGCCGCAGUGAUGUAAUGGGUCAGCGCAUCGGACUUGCGAUUUAGAGGUCAUCGCAAAAAAUGGUGCGCGUAAUUAUUCUUAACCCUUUCCCAUUCCGAGACGUCUGCUAGUUACAGGGUGGGUUGUCCCGUUCACCGCUGAAUCUCGAGACGCGCAAGGGGUUAGCAUUCAUUUAUCUAGAAAGGCGUAGCGCCGUAGAGACCUGUAGUGACAUGACCGCACUCUACGAUAGCUGGUGCCAGAACUGUGCCACACGCCCUCCCGCGUGACCUUUUACUUCCGAGUCCAUUUCGAUGACGUACGCGAAAGCUGACGACGUAAACGUACGUCAUCGAAAUGGGAAAGGGGAAUGCACCCCCUCCCCCCUCCCCCACUGUUCACCAAGAACCAUCAAUGGGUACACCACACUCAGUUGAUUGGUUGAUCAUGCGUUGUGGGUAGAAUAGACCGAAUUUACCCUCUCGAGCGCCCUCGAGUUGAGAUGCUUCCGCCUGCAAUGGAGAUAUCAAGCAAUUGUAGGACUGCGCCUUUACCUUUUAACAGACUGAGUGAACCAUUGUUUUUAUUUGUUAAACUUUUAUUUGUUAAACUCCUACAGCACCUGCUGUCUAAGUUACAGCAACGUGUGAUUAUUCAUUUCUGGUGACAUUGAAGGUGACUGUUAAUAAUUAUACACGAGCCCAAUAUUAAACGUGACAAACUCCUAAUCUGUGAAUUGUUUUCCUGCAACCAACACAGUUGAAUCCCCCUAAUUGGAAAAAAAAAUACGUAGAUUGUAAAUGUUUUCACCUUGAGAUAAAAUGUUGUGUUUUGAUAUGAGAAGUUUUUUUUAACGCCCAUGCUGAUACAAAGCCUUAUGCUAAACUGCUUAAAUGCAUUUCUGGAAGUUGGUUUACAAAUUAAGAUUGACGUUUAGACUUUGCAGUUGAUGUAAAUGCAGUUAAUAUGACAGUCGUUGCAAAAUAUUUCCUGUGCCCUGGUAUUUCCGGAAUUACCACAAUACAGAAAACAAGUCGGUGAAUAUUAUGCCUAAUUUGUAACUGUGAACAUUUGUGUUGGCUUAUCAAUCAUUUAACUUAAUGAUGAGUGAACGUUGUUUUCGUACUAAACUUAGUGGUUUCAUUAUCGGUGGGUUAUCUUCUAAAGAGUUGUG